UGCUGUCAUUCUUUGAUUGUGCGACGAGUACUAAAUUCAUUGUUUUUGUAAAAAAAAUCCGUCUGAAAAUGCCCUGAUCAUCAAAUCCCCAUAAAAUAAAAUACAACAUCAUGUCUUGUUUAAAUGAACCAGUGCUCAAUAUAAUAGUUGUGGGUUUUCACCAUAAAAAAGGCUGCCAGGUGGAGCACUGUUACCCUGAGUUGGUCCCUGGCCGGCCCACUGAGCUGCCCUCGGCAUGGCGGCAUCUUCCAGCAUUGGCAUUGCCUGACGGUUCUCAUAAUUACCUAUCUGACACUAUAUUUUUCCACCUACCAGGGCUAACUGAGCCAGCCCAUACUGUAUAUGCAAUAUCCUGUUUCCGGCAAAUCCCAAUAGAGCAAGUGGUACAAAAAACGGAGGACAUGACCAGAAGUUCAGUUCAAAAGAGUGUCUGUGUUGUGUGCCAAUCCCCCCUGUUUGGGAGGCUGGCAGUGAAGAUGGAGCUGGUAGUGAGAGCAUGGUUCCUGCAGGGAGACUUCUCACAGACCAAGCUGCUGGAGGAUGCAUACAAACACCUCAACAGCUGCCCUGUUCAGAUUGAUCAAACACUAGAAGGUUUAUCAGUCCUCCGGCUAGUGGAGUCGUGGCGACACAAGGCGCUGCUGUUGUUCAAGCUGGUGCUGCUGCGACGGCGCGUGCUGGUGUACGGCGCGCCGGCCGGGCCGCUGUCGGCCGCGCUGCUCACGCUGGUGUCGCUGCUGCCGCGCUGCCUGGAGCACGGGCUGGGCAAGGCCGCCAAUGUCGUAUUGUCCAGGCCAUUAUCUCCCAUCCCUAUGGCCCCAGAUAACAAGUCGGAGGACAUUGUUGACACCGCAACCGACAUCGUGAACGAGCUGUAUGUUAACGGUUCCACUCAAAUAGUUGACGAACUUACGCCUAAAGAAUCAGAAAAUUUAAUGGAAGAAAAGGAUAGAGUUAGCCGGCAGAGCUUUGAUGAGACGCUACUAGCAGAUGUUGACAGACAAGACCUAGCUAGCAGAGACAAAUGCCACAGCGUUGGAGAAAAGUACAAAACUCAAAAACCGCUAGUUGAAGCCCAGCAAAGCCCAACUAUGGCUAGAGAUAUGAGCGUAGAUGGCUUGUACAACUUAACAAAUCAGAUUGACCAAGCUGAAUGUGGGCUUCCAUUAUCACUUUUCGAGGAUGGUUACCUCUGUUUACCGUACUUAUCUUUACAGUACUUAGACCUUUUGUCAGAUGCAGCCGUACAGGGUUUCGUAGUGGGUGCAUCUAAUGUUUUAUUUAAGCAGAAACGUCAGUUGUUCGAUGUGCUCGUAGAGCUGAAUGAGAUGAGGAUAGAAACAGGGGAUUUGUUGCUGCGAAGACAGCUGGCGCUCGGGACGGAAGACCUGAGGUUUGCUGACCACGUGGUGCGGCACGGCGCUUCGCAGGGCGACGCGUGGAUACGAGACCAAUUUGCCAGCUACUUAAUUUAUCUUUUAAGGACAUCUUUACUGCCAGAAGGUAGUCGGGAAAUCGACCCGUACAAUGCUCAAUUCAUGUCGGCGUUCAAAGCCACGCCGGCGUACCAGCAGUGGCUGAAGACGACCAACAACGGUGACAUCGAGGCCUUCGCCAACCUCGCGCCGAUCCAUCCGUUCGCCGGACAAUUAUCCGUGGCUGAUAUGAAGUUGAAAAUCGCACACACUAUGUCUACGAGCGAGGGCGGGCGGAAGGUGACGGCGGCGGUGGCGAGCACGGGGCGCGCCGUGGCCACCACGUCGCGGGCCGUCGGCGGCGCGCUGUCGCAGGCGCGCGGCGCGCUGUCGGGCUGGUGGAGCUCGCUCACCGCGCCGCCACCGCCCCACGCCGACGCCGACGCCGACGCCGACCCGGAGCUCACCGAGCACGCCGACCCCGCCCGAGACAACAGGAGAGACGAGCGCGCCGACACGCCCGACCCUCCCGACAAAUCUAUAGAGGAGACCUCCACCGCCCUCAAUAAAAUACAGGUCGUAUAAUCGGACGCGUUUGUACACGUCGUGAUUGUCGCUUCGUAGUAUUCUAGAUAUCGAAAUUAGGUAUAUUGUAAAUUACAUCCUUGUAGUAUGUUCCUUGUAGCGGUAUAUCCGGUCGUCGAGUUGUAGCUAUGGUGGGCCAUUAGAUUUUUUUACAGUGAUAAUGUGUUUAUUUAUAUUCAAGGAGAUUAAUAGAAGAUAGAACCGUAAGCAGACUAUUUGAUCGAAGAAAUAAACGGGCAGCUUUUUAUAGAAUCUAGGUUAUCACUAAUUACGCUUUCAUUAAAUGAAAUGCUUUUAUUAUCUGUAAUUGUUUUUAAAUAAUGUAUAAUUUUAAACGAAUUUUACGGUUUAAACUCAUGUGUUUCUCACUCGCGUGGACGUGCGUGAUAGUAUGUAUGUCUCAUGACAGUUUAAAUUCGAUUAGUGUAUAAUUUCGUCAGGUGACAACCAAAACUCACUGAUUACUAAAACAUAAACAAACAAAAAUCUACCUUAUCUGGGUACAAUUAUGGUUCACUAUGGCAAUGAACUUAUGGUAAUUAGUGAGUUUUGUUUGCCACCUGACGAUUUAUUCAAAACUAUAUGUAUCCGUUUCUUGUUGUGUGUAAUCAUAUUUUUUCGCUCGAAUAGCUGCUUUCCUUGUAAGCGCAAUGUGAUUUUCAAAUUUAUGUACGCACGAAAAUUAUUACACAUUGAAUUUUAUCUCGUGAAAAAGUUCAAAGAAAAACUCAAUCAGUAAUUAUUAAAUUAUAGGCUUAAAAUAUUUAUCGAUUUGUAUUCAA